AUGAGGUCUGUUGCAUUGUUUCGGUUCGCUUUCUUGGUUCCUGGAAUACUAACUCAAAAUAGUGCGAGCUUAAACCGUCAUCAAGGACAUAGAACCAGUUCUUCUUUCCGACACUCGGCAUUUACUAAAUCUGCCAAAACGCACGUGCUCCAACAUUCGACGAGAUCCAAAGUCAUUAUCACACCAUCACUUCCAAUCAAAUACAAUAAGAUCAAGUAUUAUUGGUAUGGGAACUACGUCUACGAUGCCGGUCAUCCAUCUAAAUGUGAAUAUCACAUUGAUGAGACUGAUCGUGAAUUUCGAAAUGUGACAUUCCCGGAUGGUUCAAAGCCACCGUCACUUCAAUUCGGAUGUCUGACAUAUGAGGAUUGUUGUGGUUUGGAAUGUUGUGGUGAUAGUCGUAGCUCAACUUGGACAAUUUGCGGAAUCUUCUUGAUCAUUCUCGGGUUGUACUCUUGCUUUCAAAAGUAUUCCAAUUACACAAGAGACAAAAGAAACUCCAUUGCAAGCUCAACCAUCAUUUCAACACGAACAUUUGCAAAUCAGAAUGUUCAAACCCUCUCUGUAUAA